ACCAGCCUGAACUGAGAAGGAGAGGGGUAGGGACGCGUGGAAUGGUUAGGAGAGUUCUGCGGGAUAUGGUGUGCCAUUGAGCCUGACAGUACACGGGCCCGGGAGGAGCGGAGCGAGUGAGCGAAGCGUUAAUGGGACAAGGAGGCCGGCGCUCCGGAGUGGGAGCGGUGCUGAACUCGAAUUAUGCAGCGCUGGGCAAACAGCUGAACGAACACCGAGAACGUCGGAGACUGACCGGCCAAGCCGUUUUACCGCCCGCGGGGGCGAGUCCCUGAGGAUCUGCCGAGGAUUGCGGCGCCUGGCACUGCUUGGGAUUGGAUUUCUGUUUGCCUUGAAGGCAAGCUGAGACUACACUGCGCCCAUGCGGGCUCUGGCGGUGUGCUUCGCCCUGGCGGGGUGGCUGCUGAUUAGUGGCAGCGCCGCCGGGCACAGUGACUCUUCUCCGGCUCCAUGUCCAGCAGUUUGUCGCUGCGACGGAGACGGGGGAGCGGACUGCUCGGGCCGGGGGCUACGGACGGUGCCAUCAGGACUUAGUGCUUUCACCUACUACCUGGACAUCAGUAUGAACAACAUCACAGAGCUACCAGCGCAGGCUUUCAAAAACCUACCCUACUUGGAGGAGCUGCGUUUGGCUGGAAAUGAUCUCUCCUUUAUCCACCCAGAUGCCUUGUCUGGACUACAUCAGCUCAAAGUCCUCAUGUUGCAGAAUAAUCAGCUAAAGACUGUCCCAAGUGAAGCUCUCAAAGGCCGGAUCUCUCUGCAAUCUCUGAGACUAGAUGCAAACCACAUCACUAGUGUUCCAGAAGAGAGCUUUGAGGGUCUUGUUCAGCUACGCCACCUCUGGCUCGAUGACAAUAGCUUGACGGAGGUCCCUGUCAAGCCCUUGAGUAACCUGCCAUCUCUUCAAGCACUGACCCUUGCACUAAACAGGAUAGCAUACAUCCCUGAUCUGGCCUUCAGCAAUCUGUCCAGCCUGGUGGUUUUGCAUCUUCACAACAAUAAGAUUAAGCAGAUUGGUGUGCACAGCUUUGAUGGAUUACAUAACCUGGAAACGCUGGAUCUUAACUACAAUGCCCUGACAGAUUUUCCUGAAGCCAUACGAUCUUUACCGAAUCUAAAGGAACUGGGGUUCCACAGUAAUAGCAUAUCUAUGAUUCCUGAUGGCGCAUUUGUGCAAAACCCCUUUCUGAGGACCAUACACCUGUAUGAUAACCCCCUUUCUUUUGUGGGCACAUCUGCCUUCCAGAAUUUAUCCGACCUGCACUCACUGAUCCUUCGAGGGGCUGGUAUGGUACAGUGGUUUCCUGACCUUAGUGGGACUGUCAACCUGGAAAGCCUGACACUGACAGGCACUAAGAUAAGACACCUGCCUGUUAUGCUGUGUGACGAUCAUAAGCAGCUCCGGACUUUGGACCUGUCAUACAAUGAGAUCGAAGAGCUGCCGAGUCUUCAGGGUUGUAUGAGCCUGGAGGAAAUAGCCUUGCAGCACAAUCAAAUCCAAGAAAUUGAAGCUGAAACGUUUCGGGGUUUGGCAUCCCUACGUCUUCUAGAUCUCAGCAGGAAUAGGAUCCGCUCUAUUCACAAGGAUGCGUUCUUGUCUUUGAGAACUUUGCUGAACUUAGAAAUGAGCUUUAAUGAGCUGGAGACUGUGCCAACAGCAGGCCUAAACAACCUCAACCAACUCAAACUAGCUGGAAAUCUGCAAUUCAAAGAGUUGUUGGAUGCAAAUCACCUUCUUAAACUCAGGAUUUUAUCAGUGCCUUAUGCCUACCAGUGCUGUGCAUUUGGUGGAUGUGACACAUUCUCCUCCCCAAAUCCAGAAGACAUGGGCAAUGAGUCUGGUCCAUCUGAUGAUGAUGAUGUGUCUGACCUUAAAAAAGUAGGGAGCAUGCAGUUGUCAGUUCAUUGUUCCCCAGCUCCAGGGGCUUUUAAACCAUGUGAACACCUGCUUGGCAGCUGGAUGAUCCGCUUGACUGUCUGGUUCAUUUGCCUGGUGGCAAUUAUGUUCAACACUGUCGUCCUUAUCACAACAUUUGCCUCCUGUUGUCCUGUGUCUUCGUCCAAACUUUUUGUUGGAUUAAUAGCUGCCUCCAACCUGCUCAUGGGGGUUUAUACAAGCACUCUUACUGCACUGGAUGCUGCUUCCUGGGGCCACUUUGCAGACUUUGGCAUCUGGUGGGAGACGGGCAAUGGUUGCCGAGCCACAGGUUUCCUGGCCAUUUUUUCUUCUGAGGCCUCCAUCCUCUUCCUUACUCUGGCAGCUAUUGAGCGUAGUGUAUCGAUGAAGGACUUCCUGAAGAAGGGAAAGAGUCGCCGUCGAGGGCAGUUCAUGGCGGCUGCAACGUUAGUCGGUAUCUUUGCCAUGGUUGCUGCUUGCCUGCCUCUCUUCCAUGUGGGCGAGUUUUCCUCCUCCCCACUCUGCCUACCCUUUCCCACAGGUGAGGCUUCCUCACUUAGCUUCACAGUUACUCUGGUCCUCCUCAAUUCUGUGGCGUACCUCCUAAUGGCAAUUGUCUACACUAGACUGUAUUGCAGCCUUGAGAAGUCUGACCUGUCAGAGACUCUGCAUUCCAGCAUGAUCAAGCAUGUGGCCUGGCUAAUUUUCACCAACUGCAUCUUCUUCUGCCCUGUGGCUUUUUUCUCCUUUGCCCCUUUGAUCACGGCAAUUUCCAUAAGCCCGGAAAUCAUGAAAUCGGUCACACUCAUCUUCUUUCCCAUGCCAGCUUGUCUCAAUCCAGUGCUUUAUAUCUUCUUCAACCCCCAGUUCAAGGAGGACUGGCGUAAACUCAAGCUCCGCACUGGGGGAAGGGAUGCAAAAUCAGUGGCGGUGGCUGUACCUGGCAGCCAGGGUGGCAGCACAGCACAGGAUUUCUACUAUGACUGUGGCGUAUAUGCUAAUCUACAGGGAAGCCUAGCAAUUUGUGAAUGCUGCGAGUCUUUCCUACUGACCAAACCAGUGCCCUGUAAACAUUUAAUUAAGUCCCACAGCUGUCCUGCUCUGGCAGUUGUUCCUUGUCAGCGUGCUGAUGGAUAUUGGUCAGAUAGUGCCACCCAGUCAGCCCAUUCAGAAUAUGCAGAUGAGGGGGACUCCUUCAUCUCGGACAGCUCUGAUCAGGUGCAGGCCUGUGGCCGAGCAUGCUUCUACCAGAGUCGGGACUCUCCUCUUGUCCACUACUCCUACAAUAUUCCACGCGUCAAAGACUAAAGGAGACUGAGGGCCAGCCAAAUGGCCUAAUCUUUGGUUUUGAUUGCAAUGGAUUGAUGGUGAAUCUGAAAACCAUUAACACUAUGAAACGCAUAUAGGGUACCUAUGUGCACACUUUAACAAAGCACUUUUGGAAUUGCUGCGCGACUUUACCUAAAAGGGAAUUAGGUAGUACGUCCGCUAUUAUCUUUUGAGCCAUCGACCUGUGCACAGCGUUUGUGUGUGCUGGAGGGAGAAGGAGGUAUGGGUGGGCAUUGCCUACAUGAGCUGCUGCUGUUGUGCCAUUCCAGUUCCCACGGCUAUCCUCGCUGUGGUUUAGUAAAGGGACAGGCUGCAUCUCAGCUCCUCAUCCUUUGCAGUAUCAAAAUACUGUACACUUUCAUAUUAGCAACUGGGUAUCUACCUCUGCAGCUGUGAUUUGUUGUAAUAAUUUAAAAUCUUCACUCUUUUUGUAAAUCUGUGCAAAUUUGUUUGUGUUGUGCUUCAUCCUGAGGCAUCUGUGUGUUACUUUUUCCCCUUAAUUUUUAAGUUUCCUGUAAAAUGAGAGGGGUUCAUCUUCCAUUUUACAAAGCUUAUAGAAGCAGUUGAGACAAGGAGAUACUUGGGGGAGAAGGAUAUAAAUAAAAACCACCUUGCCAGUAAUUCUUCUCUCUGCUCUCCUUGUCGAAAAAGAUGUCAGUCAAUAAUGGAGAGGCAGUGAAGACACCUGAAGGCAUCGGGAUGUGCAUGCAAUGGAGUGCUGCACUCCGAGCAGCACCCCACCAUAUGCGUUAGAUGUAGAGCUUUAUUGUCUGGCCCACACAAUAUGGAGUUGCCUUUGCUUCAGCUCUGAAUGUGAAGCCUGCUUCUGGUGUGCAUGAUUGGAACAGCAAGUGACUACACUUUUAAUCAAAACUCUGGAUUUUGUGUGGUAUGCAGAUGCACACAGAUUUCAUAAAGCAGGCUAAUAUAAACUCUCAGUGAGUAACAUGGCUUCAAAGCUAUAUGCUUUUAAAGUAAAUUCUGUGAAGUUUUGCAUUUUCUUGUAUUUUAGUCCCAGCCACUGGACAAGCCUGGGAUCAUUGGGUUGUCUUUUGCAUCACAGCCCCUACCCAUUGGACAUGUUGGGUUCAAUAUGCCAAAUCUUGGAUCACUGCUCUACUACCAGUUUAGUUGAGGGUCCUUAGGUUGACUGUCACUGAACAGCUUCUGACUGUUUUUGGGAAUCACGGGACAACUUGUACUGAUCGGCCACCCCCCAAAAGACAUGUCUGGGGUCAUUGGGUUAACUCUUGGGUGGCACAGUCUACAGACAAUAAGUGUGACAAUUGUUGGAAUGCAAUAGCCCUACAUGCCUUUUCAUGUAUUUUCUUGUAUGUAUUGAUGCGCAUAUAUGUUGCCUCAAAGGUUUUUUUUUUGUGUUUUUUUUUAUCAUUUUUUGUUUUGUUUUUUUUUUAAACAUCAAGACAAAUGUGUGCUGUACUGAGUUAUGAGAACUGAUAGCAGCAUUUAUUGUCAUCAAAGCAGAACUACCUCAAGUUGAACUAGCCAAAUUUUUAGAAGUGGGAGAUUCUUCUAGCUAGCUAGCCAGUCAGUGUAAAAUAGCGCUCAUUUCAUUAUGUCAGUGUAAACCCAUAAUUCCUUAACUGAAAUUGCAGGAGCUCCUCAAGCCUUUUUCAAAUCCACCCCUGAGUCAGUCCAGUGGGCUAAGCAUCAACUAUUUCAGGUUUGAAUUUGUCUUCAGUGAUCAAAGUCUUCUA